CGUCAUCUGUGAGUACCUCGAGGACCGCUGGCCCGCCUCGGAGGCGCGCUCGGCGCAGCGGCGUGCGGCAUGCCGAUUGUUCGUCGACCGGUACUCGGCCGCCAUGCCCUACAUGCCGCUUCUGCGCGCUGAGGAAGGCAGCGAGGCGGAGGCCGAGGCGCGGCGCGCGCUCGAGGAGGGCAUGCGGGCGGUCGACGCCUUUCUCUGCGAGUACGCUGACGGCGACGGGCCCUUCUUUUUCGGCGAGAGCUUCUCGCUGGCCGAGGAGGCGUGCGCUCCGUUCGCGCUGCGCCUGAUGCGCGUGCUGCCGGCAUUGCGGCCGCAGCACGAUCCCGCUUCGAUGCUCGAGGCCCUGGGCCUGGCUCGGCUGGCGACGUGGCUCGAUGCGGUGGUGCAGCGGCCGAGCGUGACGUCGACGGCGCCACCGGCGAGCGACAUGGUUGCCGCCUCCAAGCUGCUGCUCGAGCGGAUGAAGGGCGCGGCAAAGUAAGGCCCGGGAGGCGCUGGCGGGAGGUUCGUCCGCUCGUCCUCGGCCGCGCCGGUGGGCCGGCGGCCUGACAUGAGGGCGUCUUGGACAAAGCAAAACCGCUCUGACGACGCCGGAAAAUGAAAGGCCGUGCCGGCAGCCCUGGCAAUUGGAGCACUUGGACGGCCACUGAAGCCCUCAGCCUCUGCACGCUGCCGCCCGAAAGCCUACGUGAGGCGUCACGGCUGGCAGCCGCUGCUUUCGAGACCAGUCCGCCCUAUGUCGCGCUCUGCGGCGACUGCGACCGCGCCUGGCGGCUGCAGUUCUUGCAAUGGUUCUUUGAGCGCAACUUUCGCAUUCGAGCCGCUGGUCCAGUCAACCGGGCGGUGUUUCGCGACGGACGGCUAGUCGCCUUUUUCAUGUUCGUCACCCCCAACGUUCCAGACAUCGGCCUGCUCGACAUGCUUCGGACCGGGCUGCUUCAGGCGCCAUUCCUCUUCGGCCCCGGCGUGGUGAAACGGCUCCUCUCGCUCAAGGCCGAGUACGAGCGAGUCGAGCAAGAAAUCAUCGCCGCACACGGCAACCCGCCGGUUUGUCGCCUGGAGCGGAUGGUGGUCCACCCAGACGCACAGGGUAUGGGUAUCGGGAGCUAUGCUCUCGGGCUUGCGCUGAAGGAGGCAGACGCCGCAGGCCUUCCGGUGCUGCUGAGCACGCAGGAGGAGCGGAACGUGAGGUUCUACAGUCGGCUGGGGUUCGAAGUCGUGCGGACAGAUAGCCAUGACGCGUACACGAGCUGGGCGAUGCUCCGACAGCCGGUGCGAUAG